AUGGAUCACACCCAACAAACAAGCAGGCUCCUUCAGCUCCCAAAAUUUAUCCUCUCACAUAUUCUCUCCGAAGUUGCUGCGUUCUCUAUGUCAACGCUCCGCACCGUCAUGGAGACCUCACCGGUUUUGGCAAAAGCAGCGGCAGACGCACGAGUGUACAAGGCAAUAAACAUGAGGAUACUUGCGCUCCAUCCUUUGACAACAGUGCACAUGUACAAGGACAUCAUGGAAAGAGCUCUUGCAAGCGGCAACGUGGAAGCACAUUACAUCAAGGCUAUAGUCGAGUACUUCCACAACGACAACCAAGAGGCCGGACUACAUUUUCUCAAAGUUGCGGCACAAGGAUCCUACACGGACGGGAUAUACCUAUAUGGGAUUAUAUUGUGCUGCAGGGGCCAAAUGGAGGAGGGGACAGCUUACUUGGACUCACUCGGAUGGAGAGAGAACAUGGCAAAGGGUGAUCGAACGUGGAAAAGUAUCAAAAGGACAUUGCAUGGAGUGCAAGUCCGAGAACUGCCGAUCUACAAGGAAACACUGUAUGAAAUAGGACUCACACUUACGUGUGAGGAAGAAGACAUCCGUAUCAGAUGUGAUGACUGCUAUUACUUCAAACAGAUGGCGAAAUUUGUUUUCAUGAUUUAA